GAGGAGGCGGGGGGAGCAGCUUCCUCGCAGCGGAAGGAGACGACGGAUCUCCUGCAGGACAAUGUGAGACACAGAGAGUUGAUCCGACGCAGUUAGCAAGAAGCCAGCCGGCCAGGAUGGAAGCGGGGACGGUGUAACGCGCAUCGUAGCCGAAUCUCGACCUGAAUAUUGUUGGAAAUCCGCGUUUUUGCCCGAGGAAGCGGCCGCCGCGAUGGGAAUCCUGCGCUGAGGAGGAAGCGGCGGCAGGGCCAAGAAACGGGAGGAAGAUGGGUGUCGUGCUGCGGAGCCUGUUGUUGUGUAGUUUUUGUUUUCUCAUACGAGGCGUGCCGCUGUUGCUGUACGCGAACCGGCGGGACCUCCGGCUCGUGGACGUGGCACACGAGAAGGCCAACGCCACGGUGGUGGUGGGGGGGCUGGAGGACGCCGCCGCCGUGGACUACGUCUACUCCCAGGGCCUCAUUUACUGGAGCGACGUGAGCGAGGAGGCCAUCAAACGCACAGUCUUCAACCAGUCGGGGGCCAGCGCGGUCCAGACGGUGGUCCCGGGUCUGGCCUCCCCGGACGGACUGGCCUGUGAUUGGUUAGGGAGUAAACUUUACUGGACCGACUCGGAAACCAAUCGGAUCGAGGUGGCGGAGCUGGAUGGGUCUCUGAGGAAAGUUUUGUUCUGGCAGGAGCUGGACCAGCCGAGGGCCAUCGCUCUGGAUCCAGAACGAGGGUACAUGUACUGGACAGACUGGGGUGAGAUCCCAAAGAUCGAGCGGGCGGGGAUGGACGGGACGAAUCGCUCCAUGAUCGUGGAUAAAGAGAUCUACUGGCCCAACGGUCUGACUCUGGACUACAGCCAGCAGAAACUGUACUGGGCCGACGCCAAGCACAACUUCAUCCACCGCUGCAACCUGGACGGAUCCUCCAGGGAGGUGGUGGUUAAAGGGGAGCUGCCCCACCCGUUCGCCCUCACCCUGUACGAGGACACUCUGUUCUGGACCGACUGGAACACGCACUCCAUCCACUCCUGCAGGAAACAGACCGGGGGCGAGCAGCGCGUCGUCCACUCGGACAUCUUCUCGCCGAUGGACAUCCACGUCUUCAGCGCCAAGAGACAAAACAUCCUGGCCAGCAGCCCGUGCUCGGUGAAGAACGGAGGGUGUUCCCACCUGUGCCUCGUCUCUCCGGCGAAGCCCUCCUAUCGCUGUGCCUGUCCCACCGGAGUCCAGCUGCUGGAGGACGGGAAGACCUGCAGAGACGGUGCCACUCAGAUGCUGCUGUUGGCUCGGCGAACAGACCUGCGGCGAAUCUCUCUGGACACGCCGGACUUCACCGACAUCAUCCUGCAGGUGGACGAGAUCCGCCACGCCAUCGCCAUCGACUACGACCCAGUGGAGGGAUACAUCUACUGGACGGACGACGACGUGAAGGCCAUCCGCCGCUCCCUGCUGGACGGCAGCGACGCCCAGUUCGUGGUCACGUCUCAGGUGAACCACCCCGACGGCAUCGCCGUCGACUGGAUCGCCCGGAACCUCUACUGGACCGACACCGGGACCGACCGCAUCGAGGUGACCCGCCUUAACGGGACCAUGCGCAAGAUCCUGAUCUCUGAAGACCUGGACGAGCCCAGAGCCAUCGUGCUGGACCCCGUGGCCGGCUACAUGUACUGGACCGACUGGGGCGAGGUGCCGAAGAUCGAGCGUGCCGAUCUGGACGGGAUGGAGCGAGUGGUGAUGGUCAACACCUCUCUGGGCUGGCCCAACGGCCUCGCCCUCGACUACGACGAACGCAAGAUCUACUGGGGAGACGCCAAGACCGACAAGAUCGAGGUGAUGAACAUGGACGGGACGGGACGACGGGUGCUGGUGGAGGACAAACUUCCUCACAUCUUCGGCUUCACUCUGCUGGGCGACUUCAUCUACUGGACCGACUGGCAGCGUCGCAGCAUCGAGCGCGUCCACAAACGCACCGCGGAGAGAGAGUUCAUCAUCGACCAGCUGCCCGACCUCAUGGGCCUGAAGGCCACUUAUGUACACAAGACCUUCGGUACGAACCCGUGUGCGAAGAAUAACGGCGGCUGCAGUCACCUCUGUCUCUACAAGCCUCAGGGCGUUCAGUGCGGCUGUCCCAUCGGCCUCGAACUCAUCGCCGACAUGAGGACCUGCAUCGUCCCCGAGGCCUUCCUGCUCUUCUCCCGCCACACCGACAUCCGCCGCAUCUCCCUGGAGACCAACAACAACAACGUGGCCAUCCCGCUCACCGGCGUCAAGGAGGCCUCGGCGCUCGACUUCGACGUCACCGACAACCGCAUCUACUGGACCGACAUCACUCUGAAGACCAUCAGCCGGGCCUUCAUGAACGGCAGCGCUCUGGAGCACGUGGUGGAGUUCGGUCUGGACUACCCGGAGGGGAUGGCGGUGGACUGGCUGGGGAAGAACCUGUACUGGGCCGACACCGGCACCAACCGCAUCGAGGUGGCCAAACUGGACGGGCAGCACCGGCAGGUCCUGGUCUGGAAGGAUCUGGACAGUCCACGAGCUCUGGCUCUGGAUCCUGCUGAAGGGUACAUGUACUGGACUGAGUGGGGCGGGAAGCCAAAGAUCGACCGAGCAGCGAUGGACGGGACGGGUCGGAUCACUCUGGUGGCCGACGUGGGCCGAGCCAACGGACUCACCAUCGACUACGCAGAGCGCCGCCUCUACUGGACCGACCUCGACACCACGCUCAUCGAAUCGUCCAACAUGCUCGGUCAGGACCGUGAGGUGAUAGCCGACGACCUCCCUCACCCCUUCGGCCUCACGCAGUACCAGGACUACAUCUACUGGACCGACUGGAGCCAGCGCAGCAUCGAGCGAGCCAACAAGACCAGUGGUCAGAACCGCACCGUCAUCCAGGGCCACCUGGACUACGUCAUGGACAUCCUGGUGUUUCACUCGUCCAGACAGGGCGGCUGGAACGCCUGCGCCUCCACCAACGGACACUGCUCCCACCUCUGCCUCGCCGUCCCCGUCAGCAGCUUCGUCUGCGGAUGCCCCGCCCACUUCUCCCUUAACUACGACAACAAGACCUGCAGCGCUCCGACGUCCUUCCUGCUGUUCAGCCAGAAGACGGCCAUCAACCGAAUGGUGAUAGACGAGCAGCAGAGUCCAGACAUCAUCCUGCCGAUCCACAGCCUGAGGAACGUCCGAGCCAUCGACUACGACCCGCUGGACAAACAGCUGUACUGGAUCGACUCCAAGCAGAACGUCAUCCGCCGCGCUCAGGAGGACGGAAACCAGAGUAUGACGGUGGUGUCAAGCUCUCUGGGCGGACCCAGUCAGGGUCUGCAGCUGUACGACCUGAGCAUCGACAUCUACAGCCGCUUCAUCUACUGGACCAGCGAGGUCACCAACGUCAUCAACGUCACCCGGACCGACGGCCGCAGAGUCGGGGUGGUGCUGCGAGGGGAGCACGACAAGCCCAGAGCCAUCGUGGUGAACCCGGAGAGAGGGUACAUGUACUUCACCAACCUGCUGGAGCGUUCUCCAAAGAUCGAGCGGGCGGCGCUGGACGGUACCGAGCGGGAGGUUUUGUUCUUCAGCGGUUUGGGGAAACCCGUCGCGCUGGCCAUCGAUAACGAGGUGGGGAAGCUGUUCUGGGUCGACUCGGACCUGCGACGCAUCGAGAGCAGCGACCUCUCCGGAGCCAAUCGGAUCGUGAUCGCAGACUCCAACAUCCUGCAGCCGGUGGGUCUGACGGUGUUCGGAAACCACCUGUACUGGAUCGACAAGCAGCAGCAGAUGAUCGAACGCAUCGACAAGACGACGAGGGAGGGACGCACCAAGAUCCAGGCUCGCGUCGCCUACCUGAGUGACAUCCACGCCGUCCACGAGCUGGACAUGAAGGAGUACAGUAAACACCCGUGUACCUGGGAGAACGGCGGCUGCUCUCACAUCUGCAUCGUGAAGGGAGACGGGACGACUCGCUGCUCGUGUCCCGUCCACCUGGUGCUGCUGCAGGACGAGCUCUCCUGUGGAGAGCCCCCCACCUGUUCCCCGGAGCAGUUCUCCUGUACGUCCGGGGAGGUGGACUGCAUCCCUCAGGCGUGGAGGUGCGACGGUUACCCCGAGUGUGACGACAGCAGCGACGAGGAGGACUGUCCCGUCUGCUCCGAGUCCGAGUUCCAGUGCGACAGCCGGCAGUGCAUCGACCUGAGCCUCCGCUGCAACGGAGAGAUCAACUGUCAGGACCGGUCCGACGAGAACAAGUGUGAAGGUGAGACAGUACGUUGCCCUCCUGACCAGUUCACCUGCUCCAACGGCCAGUGCAUCGGGAAACACAAGAAGUGCGACCACAACAUGGACUGUACCGACAACUCGGACGAGAUCGGCUGCUAUCCGACAGAGGAGCCGCCUCCUCCGUCCAACAACACCAUCGGCUCCAUCGUGGGCGUGGUCAUGGCGCUGUUCGUGGUGGGCGCAGUGUAUUUUGUGUGUCAGCGCGUCCUCUGUCCGCAGAUGAAGGACGACGGCGAGACGGUCACCAACGACUUUGUGGUUCACGGGCCGUCGUCGGUGCCGCUGGGAUACGUGCCGCAUCCCAGCUCGCUGUCCAGCUCGCUGCCAGGUAUGUCCAGAGGCAAGUCUGUGAUUGGCUCCCUCAGCAUCAUGGGCGGGAGCAGCGGCCCUCCGUACGACCGCGCUCACGUCACCGGAGCCUCGUCCAGCAGCUCGUCCAGCACCAAGGGGACCUACUUCCCCCCGAUCCUGAAUCCUCCUCCGUCUCCUGCGACAGUCCGCUCUCAGUACACCGUGGAGUUUGGUUACUCGUCCAACAGUCCCUCCACGCACAGAUCCUACAGCUACCGGCCCUACACCUACCGCCAGUUCGCCCCCCCCACUACCCCCUGCAGCACUGACGUGUGCGACAGCGACUACACGCCGGGACGCCGGGCGCCUCUCAAGUCCAGCGCCGCUGCCUCUGCCGCCGCCAAGGGCUACACCAGCGACCUCAACUACGACUCGGAGCCUUUCCCGCCGCCGCCGACGCCCCGCAGCCAGUACCUGUCGGCGGAGGAGAACUGUGAGAGCUGCCCGCCGUCGCCUUACACCGAGCGCAGCUACUCCCACCACCUCUACCCGCCGCCGCCGUCGCCCUGCACGGACUCCUCGUGAGCCAAACCCCACCCCCCUCGGCACAGCUCCGCCCCCUCACUGUAAAUAGCAAUUGUGCAUAUAUGAGGUUAAAAAUGGGAAGAGAGACCGAUGAGAGGAGGAGCAGGACGGGGACAGGAAAAAGAGAAAUGGGAGCUGCAGAACAUUUGUACAUUGAAAAAGAGAAAAGCAUAUUUAUAUAUUUUCUAUACAGUGUUUACUGAUAAUGCCAUAGAGGUUUGUAUUAAGAAAUUUGUACAUUUUUUUAAGAAAAGGUUUUAUUAAAAUCAUCACAAAUAUAAGUUGCCUUAAACCAGGAGAAAAAGAGGCUGAAGGACAAAAAGCACACGACGAAACUGAACAGUGGGACGUUUUAACUUAUCUGAUGCCAAAUAUGAAAAACAUCAACAGCUACAGGAGAAGAAGAGAAGAGCUCGCCCCGGAGGCUCCGCCCGGCUGCUGCUGCUGCAGCGCUCCGCCCGGCUGCUGCUGCUGCAGCAGCGCUCCGCCCGGCUGCCAUCUUGUCUGAAGUUACCAUGUAAACUGGAUCCGGAGCGGCCGCAGAGAGAAGGCCCGUUUUCAGUGGCAGAGAAGUUGGUACUGGGUCUUUGAUUUGAAUUUACCUCCUCGUUUACGAAACGGUUCGUAGGAUCGUGUCUGUUGUGGAUGUGAGUCAUGUGAUGAGUCACGUGAUGAGUCAUAGUAACCAGGAUCUGGGGUGAAGCAAUAACACUAUAAGGCGCAUAUUGCCCAAUCAAUCAGACCAGGAGCCACGCCGAGUAUUGACGAGGCUGCAGGGGAUCGGAAAUAUUCGCUUCGGUCAACAAGUUUGAUGAAACGCUACGGAGGCCCUGAAGGGACGUGAGCAGAAAGAUUCUGGUGCUCACAAAGAUGUUAAGACAAUCGGCCUCUUUUGGUUUGUUUGUUGCUGUUUGUUUGUUUUUUGUUUUAUUAGAAACGAAACGACAAACUAUCUAGUUUUUGCUCGCGUCCCUUCAGGGCCUCCGUACGAAAACACUAAAACAUUUUUCCACUAAAAGUUAAAGAUCAGGUCGAUGAAACAUGACUCGCGUCCCCAAAUCAUUGUGAUGUUCAGACAGGAUUUAAACCAAAACGUGCGCUUGUGUUUGACAUUUUCUGUUCUCAUUGAAACGUUCGAAUGCUCGACUGCAACUGUAAGUGAAAAGACCCAAAGCUGCACAGCGGACACAGGCUGCGUUCAUCACUUUUCCUCCACUUACUGAUUUUAUUGUUUGUUUUUUAAUCCUCGUUCUCGCACGUGGAGGAAGCAGCUUUUCCCACCAAGAACACGAUCUUGUGCCUGACCAGUUAAACAUCUUCAUAUCCUUUUUUAUUUUUCAUGUUGUUACUUUGAGGACAAACACACAAAGGAAAUCCAGUGCCCACUAAAUGCUAUAUAGUAUUUUUGUACCACAUAUUGUGUAGAUAACGUAUUUAUAAGCUAUAUAGAAAAUCAUUGUAAAUCUAUCCAUUGAAUCCUUGCAGUACUUUUCAUUCCGUCUUUUUUUAUAUUGCCUCAUUAUAUUUUUCUACAGAAUAUCACUCCAAACGUACGGCGACAAUCUCAGAUCAGUCAAGUCGAAGAACAUAUCCAGGUUUUUAGUGUCUGUUCACGGAAAGUCAAUCUGAUGUUUGAAGGACUGUUGUGCCAAAAUAAUCUUUUUUUUAAACCGCGUGGAGGCGGAGAGCCGGGACCAGAGGCCGAACACGAGGCGGCGGCCGCGCUGUUGCCUUGACGCUCGUGUCAACAAGCUGUUUUUUUUUGUUUUUUGUUUUUUUUUGUAAAUCUGUUCUUGUCUUUGUGCUUCUCGUGACGACCAGAAAUCUAUUUUUCAAGAUAACGCGUCGCAUCGUCUCGUCGGAGGAGCGUCUCCACGUCUCGCUUCCUGUCGUCGCACGCUCGGUUUGUUGUUGAGCUUCUGAAAAAUAACACCAGCAUGAAUUUGACAAUCUCAAUGCUUUACACGUCACAGCAGGUUCAUCAGUGUCCGUUUCUCUGUUGGCUUUUUAACGGGCCAAGUGUCCAUUUGAUGUCUUUUUCUUUUAAACACUGAAAGCUCAAAAAACAUCCAUUUUACUCUUUGGAGACAUUUUUUUAAUUUAAAAAACAGGCGGUGAUAAUUCCUCGUUUUCACUAAACUUUCCUAAUUAUUAAACUCUGGAAAGACUGAACGAUCAUCUAGAAACUUAUUUGUUAAGGACACAAGUUAAAUAAUCGAACCGUAAUAACGAACGCUGCAGCGACGUUACGUAACGAGUGUCGAGCAUCAGUGACGGUUAGAGCUGCUGUCAUUCAAGUAAAGUAAUUCAGAUACCAAAAAACGUGUUUUGAUACUUUGAGGAAUAUAAAAAUCUUUUUCUACAAAAACCCCAUUUUUCAUUGAUUCAACAAAAGAAACCAAACUUGUCAGAUGUUAAAUGUCUGAACUUUGUGCAGAAACUUUGUCUGAAACUGGAUUUAAAUCUGAAACACGUCUGAUCAAACGUCCCGUAGUUUGUGAGCGUUUAGUAACUUCGGACACCUUGCGGUCAGUAACGAAAACGCACACAUUCGUGUCCGACGCCCCGACGUUCAGUCUUUGGGACUUCUUCGAUUAGAAAGUUUGCGCCGUCCUGCUGAGAUAAUAACACUUGGUUCAAGAGAAACUUUCCUUUAUUCUGAAACACAUUCUUGGUAUUUUGUGCACACGAGUUAUUAGUUUGUGCACAGACGAGACAAUAACGAAGUCAGCUAAAGCCUGUUUGCUCACGAGUUAUUGUCUCGGACCCAAAACUUUCCGAUUUAUCUCACUAAUCAAUAUCUGAGGUUCACAAAUUAUUGUAAUAACAAUUUGUGCCUCUAAGAUAUUGACGCAGAUUAUUGUUUUGUAUCGUCCUGAUGGACUUCGGGCCUCCGGAGAAUGAACUGUGCUGGACAGAGGUGAACUCACCUCGCCAUACUCCCCCCAGUUUUCUGCUCAUUUAAGAGAAUAAGAUUUUAGGACUCUGUAAUAUGGAGGGUUUUUUUUUUUUUUUUUUACAGUGCUGUAAUAAUUCUUCAGAUCUGUGCAGAAAAUCAAAAAAGUCUUGUUUAUCUGAACAGAAGUCCAGUUUAUGUUGAGCAGCACGUGAACACGUACGUUUGGCUCCCUGCUGCCUCCAUACGUCCUCAGCAUCUGUCCACACCGGAGGUACGGCCGCUUAUCUACGCGUCCAGGUGUGUUUUCAGGCCGACGGCACUCGCAUCAAAUACAGAAACACUUUUGGGAGACGUUCUCAUUCUCUAACUGCACUUUACAGGACUCUUAUUUUUUUAUCUGAUUUCUGGUACAAAACUUCAUACUUGUCGUGCAGCUGGAGGAAGGUUGUGUAACGGUGGACGCUGUGUGUUUAGAAGAGUCCGAAACAGAUGACUGACUUGGUGAAGAGGAGAUUUUUAUAGUCCGGUUGGUGUCGGGGAACUUUUUUUGGUAAAUCGUUCCCUCAAAUGACUAAAUUGAGCUCACUAUGCUUAUUUUUUACCCUCAAUUUAGUAACUCGAACCCUCUGUUUACCUCAUUUUCUCUCUUGGAUUAAUAAUUUGUACAGUUUUGUAAAAACUAAAUCACUCUGUUCUUCUCUUCUGAGCAUCAUCUGUUUCCACAGAGUUUUUAUGAACUGGAAAACAUCUGAAGGAUCUCGAAAGUUGUUUUGUUUGUUUUUUUUUUGCUGUGAAACAAUCUGUUAUCCUGUAAGAUCUGCUAUAUGGGAUGUCAAAGGUGAAACAAAAUAUUGUGUUUAAGACAAAAUCCAUUUAUUUCAGACAAAGAUCGACUCAAACUGUCAAAUCCGAAAGGUCUCGUAGUGACACAAUUCUGAAUUUUGGGGAAUUAAUUGUCGUCUGAGGGUUCUGAUUCGGUUUUAAAUGAGUGAAAUCGGCAUGUUAAGAACACCGAUUACUGAUUUGUUGGGCUGGGUAUCGAUUUGCAUUUAUUUGUUGCUAAUCUCGAUACAAAACCUGAGUUUCUGGUACCAAAACGUUGUUUCGUAUCGUACUUUAAGAAACACAAACACGUUUUUAAAUGUGCCGUUUUUGUACUCAUGUUGUUAUUUGGGGGCAUUGUAUGCUUUGACUGAAGCCGGAUGUUUACUUUCAUGGUUGACGCCUAAAAUCUAGAUUUAAAUCAGGAAACUGAUUCUGAAACUGACCGAAGAUCCAGCUUCGGUGCCCAGCCGGACUCCUGACGGGCUUCACGGGUUCGAUAGAAUAAAAUCUAAACAACGAAACGGACCUGAAGCUUCAAAACGUCAGAGCUUCGACCUGAAAGUGGACGUUUUGUACAGAUUGUGACGAAUGUGGUUGAAAAGAGUCGAAGAAAGUAGAAAUGUAAAAAGGUUGAGUUUGUUUUUUUUUUUAAAGCACUUUUGUCUCCAGGUUUUAUCGGAGCUUCGACAGGAAAACAGAAGUUUGUGUCGUUAUUUUGAAACGUUUUGCUCUCGCGGUGCUCUGCGAGGACGUUUGUGGAGACGACCAACAUUUGGUUCGUCGUGUUCGUUUAAUUUCCACUAAACUCUGCGUUUUUCUCCAUGACUGCUUCACCUGUAAACCUGAGCACCAGAUGGACGUGUACAGCCCAUCCAGCUGCCACCAUAAGCUGUUGUAACUCAUGAAAUGCUGAUUUUUUUUCUCUUUUUGUUAAAUAUAAAGUGAGUGAACUUUUAAAA